AUGCCUCUCUCUCCAUUCGCCCUCUCUGCCCACAAGCUCCCUCUCUUCGGAUCUUCACUCUCAGCCUGGUUGACCACUCUACGAGCCACUCAACCAUCCUUAUACGAACACGCCCGACAACACGUGGAGAAUAUCAACCCUGAUUGGUUUAAUGAGAGAUCAGGAGAAGGGAUGAGAAAGAUUAAGGGUGAGGAAAAAGAACAGAGAGGAGACUGUAAAAUAAGAGCUGAAGAUAAUGACAUAGAUUUAGAGAAUGAACAUGAGUUUAGUGAAGAUUUAGAAGAUAUGUCGGAUGAUGCAUGGAAGAAAAAAUCAAUGGAUCAAGAAGAGUUUAAUCGAAAAGAGACUAUUCAAAAUAAAGAUAGUCAACAUGCAAAAAAUCAAAGUAGAAUAAACCGAAGCACAAUUAACACAAUCAUCGGCCGCUCUUCAUCUUCUAUCUCUUUCGGCCUCGUUCGCACAUCUUCUCCAAUGCUCGAUCGAACCAACAUCUCUCAUCUCUCCCGCUGUUCAAGAUUCAUCAGACAAACACGACGAAUGGAUUAUUAUAAUAAUAAUGUUUCUUUACUACGUUCAACGCGAUCACGUGUUAGAGCUAAUAGAAAUGUUGGUGAGGAUAAGCGGAAAAGAGUGAUGAGAUGUCAUAAAGACAAGAAUAUAAAGAAUCAUUCGAGAAAAGUCGACAAAUUACAGAUAGUUGGCGUUGGGAAGAAGGAGAAUGGAAGGAAGAGAGCGAACAAGGGUUGCAAGGAAAAUGAUGAUAUUGAUAAUAAGGAGAAAGGGAGAGAUGGUAAGAAAAAGCAGAAGAAGUAG